GACGGAGUGCGGCAGAGUGAGAGCCGGCGUCGCGCGUCUCGGCGGAGCGGCAGGACCUCGUAAGGCGUCUGCAGAGGGCUGUAGAGGGCCGGACAGGAUUAUUCAAGAUAAAGUUGCAGCCAUUUUCAAUGAGGAUCAAUGAUCAAAAUUGUUGUUUUUAAAAAGACAUUUCCAAGUUAAACAUGAAAGAAAGGUAGUGGAAUCAUUUCACUUCCGACAGGAUAAAGUGUACAGUAUUUCACCAUCCCUUGUAAUGGAACCUUUAUAAGAUUCAUCGCUUGUCAUGCACCCAACUGGGAACAUGGAUGUUGGUUUUUCUCGUUCUGCUGUUCAGACACUGUCAAGAAGCCACUGCAAAAACAUCAAACAAAAAAUUUCUCAGUGGGAAAGAAGGACUAAUGGUACAUCUAAUCCAGCUAAGUGGCAUCCAAAGGACUUUGGAGUGAGGUACAACUGUCACCAAGAGAUUCUUCCUCAGAAAACUCCUAUUGCUGAGGGAAAGAACAAAAAGUCGGGAGUAACCAACUCUCAAAAUGUGGGUUUAGAUAUGAACAAAAUCCAUGAUCUAAGUGAGGAUGAAGAUGAGAAACAUGAAUAUUAUGAUACAGGCAUAUUUAAAAAUGAAUCAGAAUCCAAUUGGGUAUGUUCAAAGGUCAAACAGACAGAAAGCUGGAAAGAAGUUGUGUUAGGUCAAGAGACUUCAUUACCUCAAGGAAACUUUUAUACCUCACAAAUAUUGUGGAAGAAAAUAGAAGCACUUCCCCCAGAUAAAGUCAUAAAUUUGGCUUUGGAACAUUGUGGCCCUUCAGAAAAAAAACUGAAUUGUAGCAUUCUAAAUAGUUCAUAUGGAAUAACCAAGAGCUUAGAAAAUAUUUACUCUGAACCUGAGGGUCAAGAAUGUGGACCUUCUAUAAAUCCUUUGCCAAAACCACGUAGGACAUUCAGAUACUUAUCUGAAUCUGGUGUUAUGCCAUAUAAAGAAAGAAACUGUGACAAAAAAUUCUGUGAAAAUAAUUCUUGUGCAGAAUCUACUUUGGCCUCUUCUCAGGAACCUGAACCAAAGAAAUAUGGUGGAAAAAUUAGAGGGAGAUCUAAAAGGAAAUCCUUUGAAUUUGAGGAUAUUCAGCACUUUCGAAAUCGGAAUUCACGGAAGAUUCAUGAAGAACUUGGGAGAAAUUCUGGUUCAGCACUUUAUUAUACACAAUCGGAGGAUAAUAUCUAUGAAGACAUCAUAUUUCCCACCAAAGAAAAUCCAUAUGAAGAUAUUCCAGUGCAGCCUUUGCCCUUGUGGAGAUCCCCUUCAGCAUGGAAGUUGCCACCCCCUAAAAGUGCUUUCAAAACACCCAAGUUCCUUCACCGGAAGACUAUAGAACUGAAGAACUCGCAAACUUAUUUACGGUCAAAGCUUAUGAAGGAUACCACUUUGCCUGUCACUUUAACUGAAUGGAAACUUUUCCGAGCUGGAGAAGUUGCAAACAGAAAAAGGAGAAAUCUUCCAAGGCUUGUAUUGAAAAUAGAUGACGUAUUUCAGUCUAAGCGAGGAAAGAAGAAGGUAAAGUUACACCCUUACACUGGAAAGGAAGUACCUCCUUCAAAAGGUGAAACCAGUGGGAAUGAAAGUGAUGGCGAGUAUCUGCCAAAGAAUCGCCACAAGCGCUUAGCACAACUGCAGCAGCCUUCCAAGAGGAAUCCUCACUACCAGACCUUGGAGCGGGAUCUUAUUGAACUGCAAGAGCAGCAGUUGUUUGAACUUUUUGUGGUGGUGUCUCUGCAGAAGCAGCCGUCAGGAAUAAGCUACACUCCCCAGGUCAUACAGCAGUUCCCUAGCAAGGGUGAUCAUGGCUAUAAGCAAUCAAAAGACACUGAAGAACGGCUCAAAGUUAUCCCAAAAUUUUGUUUUCCGGAUUCAGAGGACUGGGUGCCAACUUCAGAACUCAAGAGUGAAACUUUCUCGUUCGUUUUGACUGGUGAAGAUGGAAGCCGGUGGUUUGGUUACUGUAAGAAGCUCUUGCCAGAAAGCAAAGGAAAGCAACUCCCUGAGGUGUACUGCAUGGUUAGUCGCCUAGGCUGCUUCAAUCUGUUUUCAAAGAUUCUGGAUGAAGUAGAGAAGAGAAGAGAAAUGUCUCCAGCCCUUGUUUACCCGUUCAUGCGCAGUGUCAUGGAGGCCCCUUUCCCAGCUCCUGGACGUACCAUCACAGUCAAGAGCUACCUCCCUGGUGCUGGAGAUGGGUCCAUUGAACUCUGCCGACCACUAGAUUCACGAUUGGAACAUGUGGAUUUUGAAUGCCUUUUUAAGUGCUUGAGCGUGUGCCAUCUCAUCCGGGUCUGCGCCUCUCUCCUUUUGGAGCGGAGGGUAAUCUUUGUUGCCAACAGCCUAAGGGUGCUGAUAGUUGAUCUCUGUGCUGACAAGUUCUUACAGGAGGUGUCUGAUGAGAAUGAAAUUCUACCACCUAAACUUCAAGCUGCCUUGAUACAGAUUUUAGAAGAACGAAAUGAAAUCUUAUCUCAGGAGAAGAUUCUUUCACAAGAUGUUACGCUCAAUUCUCUGGUGUCUGAAGCAUUUGUGAGGUUUUUUGUGGAGCUGGUGGGACAUUAUUCUUUGAACAUGACUGUCACUGAACGCGGGGAGCGUAUAUUCCAAAGGGAUCCAUUCCGUAAGUCCCACACAUCCCGAAGCGUACGCCACUUCCUAGAUCUCUUCAUGGAGACUCAGAUGUUUGCAGGAUUCAUCCAGGACCGGGAGCUUCGGAAAAGUGGGGUUAAAGGUUUGUUUGAGGUUCGGGCUCUCCAGUAUUUGGAAACAAUUCCUGAGUCUGAGCCUAGUGGGGUGAAUAGAAUUUUGCGGAGUCUUGGAACAAAAAUGAAAUUUUUGCAGAAGAAAUGAAUCUUUGUCUCCAUCUUAAAUAGAAUGAAAAGUGCCAAAGAAAAUGUUUCACUGAGUGUCAGGAUGCCUUUGAAGUAUUCUACAAAAUCUUUAAAAUUUUAAAAGGUUAAGCAGCAGCUCCAAGUUCUCAGAGGAGGAGUUCCUUUUGCUGCGGCACAGUCACUGGAGAACUGUUGGAAGUAACUGGAACUGAUGCUUUCUACUGCCGCCAACAUGUUUUUCACUGUGGCCUUUUCUAUUUGAUUCUUGGGCUCAUUCUCUGUGUUAUAUGCUUAGUCUGUGACAGCCAUUGUCUUUACAAGGGAAAGGCUGUUACCGAAUAUUUUUUAAAAUAAAAAGCUUAAAGAUGAGUCUAAUGAAAGAAAGGCUGGGUUUGGUGAACUAGAGAGACGUGAUUGAAAUGGCAGAGAUUAGCCUUACACACAUAAUUCUCAUCACUGAAAUACCAUGGCAGCUUUAAACCUAUGGGCUAAAAAGCUGGGCUCUUCGGCACAUACCUGUAGUUCCAGCUACUUGGGAGGCUGAGGCAGAAAGAUCACAAAUUUUGAGUCCACCCUGGGCAACAGAAUGAGACCUUGUCUCAAAAUAAAAAUGUUGGUAAAGCCAUGGGUUGUUUGAAGUUUCAUCAUUUAUCUUGUUUUGUCUAAUAUCCUAUCAAGGGGAAUCUCUCUUAUGUGGAAGCCCUUGUUAUCAGAUAUUUAUAAAAGAAGACGUGUUGUAGCUCCUCCACAGUGUGUGACCCUUGAAUCAGCUUGUCCCUCACAUGUCAUUAUUACACUUUGCAUAUUAUAGCUAAUAUAAAAAUAUCCUUUCAAGGACAUGGGAACUACCUUUUUUGUAUGUGUUCACCAUUUGGUGUGCAUCGUGGUAUAUGUAUAUAUGUCAUCUUAUUCAAGCCUUAAGUCAACUCUAUGAGAGAGAUAUUUCCAUCUCCAUUUUACUGAUGAUGAAGAAACUAAGUCAAAGAGACUACUUAGCCAGUUAUAUAAUUCAGAUAUAUGUGAAGCAAAGACUUUAUUUUAUGAACACAAAAACUCGUUUAGAAAUGUAAAUAUGAACUCUGUAGAUUGUAGCUAUUUGAAAGGUUUUCUGUUAAGUGUACCAGAGCCACCUCUCAGCUCUUAGGAUAAAGGACUUUAGACUACAAGCACCUAGAUGAGGCUUCCUCCCCCUGCCCCCUUUUGGGUGUGCUGGGAGUAGAAUCCAGGUUUUUGCACACGCUAGGCGAAUGCUGUACCACUCAACUAUACUCCCAGUGUUAGACUUUUCUUUUUUGACAGUACUAAGGACUGGACCCAGGGCCUUUGCAUUGAGCUACACAUCACCAGCACCUUUUCAUUUUGAGGCAGGGUCUCACCAAAUUGCCUAGCCUGGGUUCCAACUUUUGAUCCUCCUGCUUCAGCCUCCCAAAGUGCUAGGAUUACAGUUACGCACCACCACACCCGACCCACUGUGAAAUUCCCUUAAAAUUGUUGGACUUUUGCUUUAAUUAAAUGUGACUCAGAAUAUGAACAUUUCCUGAGCAUAUACCACAACCACCCAGAUCUUUAAUAUCUAAAGCAGCAGUAGUGAUAAAGGGGUUUGUCAGUGAUGUGAUAUUCGUUGAUAAGUGUUAUAGGAAAUGUCAGCUUUUCUUUAACUUUUGUUAAUGGUUUUAACUGGUAAAGAAUAUAUUCAAAUUUAUAAAACCUUUUAAAUUGUAUUGUCAUAACAAUUUUUUGACUUGUAUAGUAUUGUCAAUAAAAGCCCAUCAAGUGUGCUUAAAUGAGUCUGAAGCAGACACCACUUAAAACUGGUGCUGUGUAAUAUAGUUCUACAGAUGCAGUUCCAGGGACCAGAACUGGGCCUGUGUCUUUUAAAAUGAUUAAGCAUCUUACCCAAGUGGGGCAUCUGUCAAACGUCUCCCCAUUUGGUCUCUUACACUCCAGGAACAAUUAGUGAUUGAGGGUUUAUAAAAUGGGGACAGGAGGGUUGACUGGGGGAUCCUGUCUCCCUCUGCAAGGAGGCUUUACUUCAGGGAUGAGAGUGUGAUAUUCUCCCUGUGAUCCGAAGCUGCUUCCUUUCCUUGUGUCUGUUGUGUUUUGAUUUUUGUAAAGUAUUGUGAAUUCUGAAUGUUUGUAAAAGAACUGCUUGAGAAUUGCAUAAAAUGUUUACAGAUCUUUUAAUGAAUAAAUACAUAAGUCUCACAGA